AUGACGCAGCUAAUGAGCGACGCCGAGCCUCCGGUUCUCGGUCCGACGACGGUGGAUCCAUUUCGGAACGACACCCCUGGAGUUUGCGGAUUGUACGAGGCGAUUAAGAUCGUGAUUUGCCUCCCGAUUGCUCUGGUUAGACUUGUUCUCUUCGGGCUUAGCUUAGCUAUUGGUUACUUGGCUACGAAAUUGGCGCUCGCUGGCUGGAAAGAUAAACACAACCCUAUGCCUCAAUGGAGAUGUCGAAUCAUGUGGAUCACUCGGAUCUGUACCAGAUGUAUCCUCUUCUCUUUCGGUUAUCAGUGGAUACGAAGGAAAGGGAAACCUGCUCGGAGGGAGAUUGCUCCGAUUGUUGUAUCAAACCAUGUAUCAUAUAUUGAACCAAUCUUCUAUUUCUAUGAAUUGUCACCAACCAUUGUUGCAUCGGAGUCGCAUGAUUCGCUUCCAUACACAUCAGAGAGAGAGAGAAAGUGA